GGACACCCACCUCCCUGGGUACCCCCACCCUGACUGGCAUCCUCGGAACAACCAUCUCAGUGGAGAUCUCCGCCCUGAACAGGAUCCCAGAGCCCUCUGCGGACUCCCCCAUAAACCAAGGCCCUCACUCUGACACUGAACAGGACCCUUGGUAGCUGGUGACCCCUUUCCUAAAGAGGGACCCCACUUAGACAAGCAUCCUGGAGACCUUCAACCAUGCCAAGGUCUCCCCAGUCCUGACCUGGAACCCAGUCACCAUGCUCUGGCACCCCUCAACUCUGUCUGGCACUCCCCCAACUAUGACCUGGACCCCAAGUAUCUCUGGGAUUCCCAGCCUUGCCUGGAACACUGAUGAUCACCCAGCUCUGACCAGGAACACACUAGGGAAUUUCAACUCCCAGCCCUAUUCAAGAGACUGGGGAUCCCCAGGGAUACCUGACUCUUCCCAGAACCCCUAAACCAUGAUCAGGAUCCCAGCCCUUAGUGGAACCCUCCAUCCCUGAACCUCCAAUCCUGACCCUGUAGAGGUCCCAGUGCCUUGUACUGGUCUCAGGGUCAGGUCAGCGUGAGGCACUUCAGGAGAUCAUCAUGGAUGCCCUGCAUUUUCUGGAGAAGCAGAAGGAAAUAAGGUACCAGCCAGCUGCCCGCAUCUUCCAGUGUGCAACCUGCCGCCUUGUGGACUGCCAGUUCCCCCUGGACUGCCCAGUUCAAGAUGUGUGGGUCCACGAAGAUGAAGCCACCACUCUGCACUGUGAUGUGCCCUUUGCCGUCCCUCCAGACCUGCCCAUUACCUGGAUGUUUGCCAAGGAUAUACGCACGCAGGACCUAGCACUGUUCGAGGAACUGCAGGAGAGUUUGGGGGAACCUCCCAGUCUGACCCUCCAGGACCCCACUCUAGGAACCAUUGCCUGUCGCCUGGGGGCCCCAUCUGAGACCCUGGCCCGCAAGUACUUCUACCUCAAUGUAUCAGGGGGAAGUGUGGAGGCAGAGAAGGGACUCCAGGCCCACUUCAGAGCUGUGCUGCGCUGGCCCCACAGCAGUACCCCCCUGCAGCCCACAGUGUCACUGGAGCUGGGGCUGGCACUUGGCCUCAUGGGGCUAGUGCUGCUACUGGUGGCCUCUUGGUGGUGUUUCUGGAAACCUCCAGAGCCUCCCAGACCCCUGUGACUCCCAGGCAUCCCAAAGACCCAGACAACAGGGACCCCAAGGAGAGUUCAGAUUCACUUGGAUUUACACCACAGGAGCUUGACACAUGGAUCGAAUCCUGAGGAUCAAAAUAUUUAGAGCUGUUCUUCUUGCACUAGGACACGUGGGUCAUUCCCACUCUUUUCCUCUGUGGAGGGGUAGAGAACUUGACUCUGUUACAAAAUUAUAAUUUAUUACCUGUUAGCUGUUAUAAGUCUGGUUGCAUUCAUGGUACUGUACUAUCAUGAUUACAAAUUUACAA